GAAGGGUGGGGGUGGGACCCGGGGGGUGGAAGGCAGGUGGUCCCGGGCGCUGCCUGGGGUCUGGGAGAAGAGCCCACCGCCUUUGCCUCAGAAAUGCUCGCCAGGAGAUAAGUCGCGCUCCCCGCGAUCUUGAACGGGGGUCAGAGUCCGAGGGAAGGCUCCCUUGGGGAAUGUAGGGCUGGGGGCGUCGGGAUCCCGGGCAUCAGUCAGGUCCCACCGCGGAGCCGGAAUAACUUUUCUCUCGUACUAUCACCCCCUUCCUUCUGCCAUCAUGAUCUUCCAUGGCCGCCGCGUUAGCAGUCGCCUGAGGGUGAAAAUGUGGGUGAUGGGGAAGUUGGUCAUGACUCCGCUGUUUUUUCUCAUGGCUCCUUUGGGCAACAGCUGUCCGCCCCCGGUCUACACUGUAGUUGAUUGCAGGGAAACCCUGUACCUCGCCCCUUCCUUCUCUACCGAUUUUGCACUCUUCUCUUUGCUUACCACCAAGUGUAAUCAAUAACAAGCACUGGCAAUACACAGCAAUAGUGGAGUCGGGAAAUAACUUCGGGAUCGAUUAGGUGCCGCAGCCAUGGGUCUGGCCGGGUGAAGCCCAAUUGGAUAUUUCGGUUUCGUCCACCUACCCUGUUCCUGUGUUUUGGGAGGGGGGUUUGGGUUUUUCUUUCCCCUCUUUUUCUUUAUAAUUUUUUUGUUUUGGUAUUUGGAAAGCAGGGAUCAUUACACUUUCCCCCUCCCCGUUCCUUUUCAUAACCCCUUCUCUAAAAGAGGGGGAAGAAAUCCGGAUGGAUUUGAAGGAUUGGACUGGUGUCAGCUGUGUUUUAUUGCACACCUAAAUCCUGAUUAUAGGCUUUUCAUUGCCCCCAGAGCCUUUAUUUUGGCAUUUAAGCCAAAUGCGUUUUCCAAAAAGUUAGUUCCAAGUAUUUUCUCCUCUCUGUCUUUCCUUCCUUCCCUUCCUCUUUCCCCAUAACACCCAAGUUACUGUCAAACAUGACUGGACAGCAGCUUUUGUUUCUUGACCCUGUAAUAUGACAGUCUGCUAAUCUUGCCAGAAGGUGCAGUUUUUGGGUUACAGUCGUGAUUUUAGCUAUUCAAUCAUAUUAGCAGGAAAAAAAAUGACUUGUUUCUGUUGUACUUGAGUCUUAAGAAAAAGUGCCCAUAGUUUAGUGACAAUUUCCAAAGGCUUUAGUACCACCUGUAUUUCAAAAUGGGGGACCCAAACUCCCGGAAGAAACAAGCUCUGAACAGACUACGUGCUCAGCUUAGAAAGAAAAAAGAAUCUCUAGCUGACCAGUUUGACUUCAAGAUGUAUAUUGCCUUUGUAUUCAAGGAGAAGAAGAAAAAAUCAGCACUUUUUGAAGUGUCUGAGGUUAUACCAGUUAUGACAAAUAAUUAUGAAGAAAAUAUCCUGAAAGGUGUGCGAGAUUCCAGCUAUUCCUUGGAAAGUUCCAUAGAGCUUUUACAGAAGGAUGUGGUACAGCUCCAUGCUCCUCGAUACCAGUCUAUGAGAAGGGAUGUAAUUGGCUGUACUCAGGAGAUGGAUUUCAUUCUUUGGCCUCGGAAUGAUAUUGAAAAAAUUGUCUGUCUCCUGUUUUCUAGGUGGAAGGAAUCUGAUGAGCCUUUUAGGCCUGUUCAGGCCAAAUUUGAGUUUCAUCACGGUGACUAUGAGAAGCAGUUUCUGCAUGUACUGAGCCGCAAGGACAAGACUGGGAUUGUUGUCAACAACCCUAACCAGUCAGUGUUUCUCUUCAUUGACAGACAGCACUUGCAGACUCCAAAAAACAAAGCUACAAUCUUCAAGUUAUGCAGCAUCUGCCUCUACCUGCCGCAGGAGCAGCUCACCCACUGGGCAGUUGGCACCGUAGAGGAUCACCUCCAUCCCUACCUGCCGGAAUAGAGGACUGGCCAGCCAAGUGGAGACGAUCAGAGUGCAGCAGCAGUUUGUUUUCUUGUUUUCUUACACUUUAUUUCAGAGUUUAAAGAAAAUGGACUCAUGCACAGAACACUAUGCAUUUUUGAAACUUGUUCAUCCUGGAUUUUUUUUUUUUUUAAUUGUGUCUCAGAACUGAAAACCAAGUAGGUGUCUUCUGCACGGACUGUGAAAGGAGCUGCUCUGCACGUUUGCUGCACUGCAUCAGCGUCUGCUAAAAAUGUGAAACGGAAGGACCGUGUACACUGAAAUGCUUACAUGUAUCUGAAAGCACAAGGUGAUACUCGUUUUUGAUGGUCUUUCCAUUUGUGCUGGUUUUUGCCUCUCUGACCUCUGUCAUCGGUAUUUAGAGGGUAAGACAUGAAUGUAAAAGGCGUACAUAACAUUUAAAGAAACCGAAUAGCUUUGCCGUAAUCACCGUUGUUCCAGAGCACUGUCAGAUUCAUUCAGUGACCACAAGUGGUUGUUUAAAAAAUAAAAUAAAAUAAAAUACAACCACGGGAAAGAAAUCUUUUAAGGGAAAAAAAAAAGCAUCUCAUUGUAGGCAUUCUUGCCUCAUGUUUUACUGGGCCAUGUUUGUUUCCUGGUACUCAUAAAUGUAUGUAUUUUAUUUCCAGAUCUCUUUCCCCGAGUUGUUAUAAAAGAGUAUUCUGCUGAAUGUGGAUACGGUCAGACACAUGAAGGCAGAUCUGGAGUCUGAAGUAGUGAACGCAGCUGUAAAACUGAGAAGUCCAUUCAUAGCUGCAGAAACCAUGCUAGGGAGAGGACUUUCCUUUUUGGUUUUUGUUUUUUGUUCUUAAAGAGAAGAGGUUUUUAUUACAAAGAAUACAGUGAAUUGUGCAGAAAUACUGGUUUCUACACCGUCCUAAAGGAAAACUUAGGAGGGUUUCUUGGACUAGAAAAAAGUUAUUAAAGUUGGGAUCUUAAAUUGUUUAAAAAAAAACACAAAACAUUGAGUGUCAAAGCUCUAAAAGCAGAACUCAUUUAGUGCAAUGAACAUAAGGAAAGACUACUGUAUAGUUUUUUGUUUUUUCUUUUUACUGAAGAGAAGCUUUGCUUACAGCUUGCACACUUUUAUGGGGGUAAAUCUGAAUGAUCGUACUCCUUUGGAGUAGAACUUAGUGCUUACUGGUUUCCAAUUGUAUUUAGCUUCUGGUUGGAAUUUGAAAAAAAAAAAAAAAUGAAAACCUAAAUAAAAUAGG